CUGUGAUUCAUAAUGUGUCAGACUUGAACUUGGAAAAUGUAGUUUAGACUUAUACUAUCAUUGUUCCACCAAUUUUGCAAAAUCAAGAAGCAGUGGUAGAAUCGUACCUGCCGCGGUUUGAUUUUGGGCUGUUCCAAUUUAAUUUACCAUUUUUUACACAUGCGAACAACUUCCAUUAUUUACUGGGCCUCCUUUGACCUUGCCAAUUUGAUUUGUGGUUAGAAUUUAGAGUUGAGUGAGAAGUGAGAAAUCAACCACUACACGAUACUAAACCAACCAUUACCAAUAUCAGGAAUUAAUACUACUCUUAUUUGUUUGAUUUUGUUGUUUGUAAAUUGUGUGUGAAAUCAGAAGAAGAAAUGGCGAAAGAGGUGAAAUUGUUGGGAGCAUGGCCAAGUCCUUUUGUGAUGAGAUGUAGAAUCGCUCUCCACAUCAAAUCCGUGGAUUACGAAUUCAUUCAAGAAACAAUGCAGCCCAAAAGUGAGCUUUUACUCAAAUCUAACCCUGUUUAUAAGAAGAUCCCUGUUCUUCUUCACAAUCAUCUCCCUAUUUGCGAAUCCCUCAUUAUUCUUCACUACAUUGAUGAAGCCUUUUCUUCUGGAUCUGCUCCCUCCCUUCUCCCUUCUCAUCCUUAUGAUCGUGCCAUCCAUCGCUUUUGGGCUGCUUACAUUGAUGAUAAGUGGUUCCCGAGCUUAAACGGUAUGCGCAAAGCUGAAACAGAGGAGGAAAAAACAGCAGCAAUAAAUGAAGUGAAAGAAGGGCUGAUAUUGCUUGAGGAUGCCUUUGAGAAAUGCAGCAAAGGGAAACCUUAUUUUAAUGUCGACCACAUCGGAUACCUAGACAUUGCCUUAGGAAGCUACUUGGGGUGGUUACGCGUAGUGGAAACGAUGAACAAUGUAGUUCUUUUGGAGCAGGAAAAGACUCCUAAACUUUGUGCUUGGGCUCACAAAUUUUGUGGUGAUGAUGCUGUUAAGGAUUAUAUGCCUGAGACUGAUAAACUUAUUGAGUUUGCCAAGAUUCUUAUGGCCAAGUACAAGGCUGCUGCUUCUACCUAGCUACUUAAUUUAACUUAAAUUACAAUUACAAUGCUCUUUUAAGAUUCUGCACUUCUUUGUUCACCAAAUGACUCAAUUAUGAGUACGUUGUUCUUCAUCAAUAAUGCAUGCAUUUUGUAUCUUUAAACUUGAUGAUAUAUCGAAUACAUUAAUUAUUGGUUUUGUUUGUGA